AUGAACGAAUAUAGGACACCUAAAGAAUUUCGAGAAAUCUGCAGAAAUGGUUUACAUACCACUCAUACUUCAGGAGUUCUCCCAGGAUAUUUACAAGCAAAUCUAUUAAUUUUACCAUCGAGAGAAGCUCAAGAUUUUGUUGAUCUCUGUUACAGAAAUCCUGUCGCUUGUCCGAUUUUAGCUAUAAGUAAAGAAGAUCCCACAGCUCUUGAUAAUGAAAUAUUUGCAAAACAAGGAGAAGUCGAUAUUCGAACAGAUUUUCCGAAAUACAACGUUUAUCGGGGGGGACAUUUAAUUAGUCAGAAGAAUAACUGCAAUGAAGAAUGGAAUAAGAACUAUAUUGGAUUCUUAAUUGGUUGUUCUUAUUCUUUUGAAAGAGCAUUAACAAUCGCAGGUCUAUGCCCCAAGAAUAUUACAUUGGGCAAGAAUGUAGCAAUGUUUAAGACAUCCAAAUACUUAAACCCUGCUGGAAUUUUUGUCAACUGCUGUUAUGUAGUUAGUAUGAGACCAUAUAAGCCUGAAGAUUUGCAAAGGGUCCGAGAGAUAACGAGGAAGUUUAAAAAAACACACGGUGAACCUAUUGACUGGGGGUUUGAUGGCGCGAAGAGAUUGGGAAUACACAAUAUCCUGAAUCCAGAUUACGGAGAUAUGAUAGAAAUUUUACCAACUGAAAUACCUGUAUUUUGGGCAUGCGGAGUUACUCCACAAUUAGCCAUUGAAACCGUUGGACAUUUGAUCGAGGGCCCAGUAGUUAGCCACGCUCCUGGUUGUAUGCUUGUAUGCGAUGCCAAGGAUGACUUUUUUUGUAAGAAUUCAUCAUUUUAA